AUGCUUUUUGCGAUUUGUCUUUUGUUUGUGAUUGGGUUUGGCUUUUUUAUGCUGCUCUUUUUUGUAGGAGGCCGAGCCCGAGAGGACAGUGUAGUCUACAAAUUAUACGACUCUGUCUAUGGACCAAAUGCAUUUGGAACGAAAGCGUUGGAGUACUUCUUGGGGAGGAAGAACCCGAUAUUUAUAGCAUUUUUAAUGGUAUUAGUCCUUGGCGGAUAUAUUGCCCUUGCAGUUGAACCAAUGAGAAUAUUGAAUAGUAAAGGGUAUUGGUUGUUAUGGCAACACGGACAGUUUAUGUGUACAAUGAUCUUCUAUUACCUCGCUAUUAAAACGACGCCGGGGUAUGUCACAAAGAGAAAUCAAAGUGUUUAUGAAAGUCGAUAUCCAUGUGAUAAUAUCUUAUUUGAAGAGAACCAAAAAUGUAGCACAUGUGGAACAUCAAAAGUCGCAAGAAGUAAACACUGCAAGUUGUGUGGGAAGUGUGUUGCGCGAUUUGAUCAUCACUGCCCAUGGUUAAACCAGUGUGUUGGGGAGAAGAAUUGCAAAUACUUUGUUGGGUUCAUGUUGUCGAUGUCCAUAUCGAUGUUUAUAGUGACAUAUUAUUGCAUUCUUGCAAUCAAAUAUUUCUUGGCUGACCAUAACUUGUUAGGCCCUCACCCCCACUUGGAGUUAUCAUAUGAGUGCAUUGAGGUAUCGUUUUCUCUUAUGAUUGCUAUCAUAUUGAAUUACUUGAGAUACACAAUGAUGAUGAUAGUGUUUUGUUCUGUGAUGGGUAUAGCUGUCUUUGUGUUUUUCUUGAACCAGAUUUGGAUAAUGGGGAGCGGCAAGACGACAAACGAGAAGGUCAAAUGGGAUAGAAUGUACUCUGCUUUUGAUCGACAAAUGUCUGGCGAUAAAGAAGAUAGCGAUAGUACCACAGAUGACAAAGACGAAGAUAAAACUGACUUGGUCGACCCUUAUAAGUUGAUCAACAUAUAUGACAGAGGGUUCUGGAACAACAUCCUCUCUGCUUUAUUCCCAGAGAAUUAUCCUCAGACAAUUCCUCUCAGAGACCGUAAAAAGAAAAUACAAUAA